AUAGUGGAAUUAACAAAUUGACGAAAUUAAUUAGUGAUAUAGAUAAACAGAUUCAAGAGAUACCAUAUGAUUUGAACGAUUUACCAAUUUGGUGUAGGCAUAUUGAAAUUAUUGGUCGUAGGAUUAGAAGUUGAACGAAAAAUGUUAAUUUUCUCAGACACAGUUGGACGCAUCCAUCUUGUUUGAAGACUACAAUUUACAUAAUUGUCUUUGGUCUUCUGCUUGUCCGCGAGAAAAUUAUUUCCUCUUCACAUGACCUUAAUUAACAAGACUUUGCUCAAUAUUUUAUUACUAGAAACAGUGUCCUUAUGUCAACUCUUUCAAAGAAUAGAAUAGAAUAUUCAAGAAGCUACUAUCUAAUGUGACUUAUUUUUCCUCUUUAGUUAUGACAUUCUUCGGUUUAACACCCUCAAGCGGUGGUAGUAGUAGUAAUAGUAAUUCAAGAACACUGCAGAUACUAACGCCAUCAACGAUUAGUAAUCAGCCACAACAGCUGUCUUCAUCCUCGAGCGGUGGUAAUGAUAGUAGCAGUAAUAAUAAUUCAACAACACUGCAGAUACUAACGACUUCAAUGGUGAAUAAUCAACCACAACAGCUGUCUUCAACCUCCGGUAACGCUGCAGAUGUCUCCUUCACUCAAGAUGUUUCGAAUCCACCGCCCUUCUCAUUAAAAACAAUCUCACGAACACCCGAGAAAACUGCUACCCGCAGUUCAAGAAUAACAACUAGCCAAAUGACAUCGUUAUUCUCUGUAUUCAUUUCAACUAUUGCGCCAAAAACUACUGGUGUGAACCCACACCAACCAACUUCAUUCUCUUCUGAGAAAACUCUUGCGUUUACAAAAGAACGUUUACAAACUCAGAAAACUGGAACCAGUCAAGGCUCUUUGUUCCAAAUAACAGGACGAACAAAACUUUCUCCUGUCACGAAGUCAAAGACUGUUAAACGACCGAAACCAACUAAACCAUCAAAAACAAAACCAACGUCACCUGUUCAAUCAUUCACUUCAUUAUUUACGUCAAAAACAUCAAGUGCAUCGGGUGCCACUAGUAAUCAGCUGCAAACAGAGCCAUUCACAUCAUCCACUAGUGGUACGUAUUCAGCUCUUCCUCGUGAGAUCUCAUAUAAAUUGGAAAGUAAGAAUGUAGAAAAAUUAGAAUAUUAG